UAAUCCGAUAAGCUAAACGAUAUAAUAUUAGUUAAUAUAUAUACACGCGAGAAAGUCGUCAUAAUAAAACAACAUUUACACCAGUUAGUUCUUGUGUAUCAAUUGCCUUUAAUUUAAGGGCGAUCGUAAUGUGGCACAAUGAAAAACCGAGUUUUCUGAAAAGCUGGUGAACAACAAUACUUGGAAACUUGAGACAAGAACGAAAAAGUGCUCCAUUGAGUUUCCGAUCAGUUCUGAAAAUGCGCAGCCCUAGCGACUUCUAGUUUUUAUUUCACAGCAUUUCUACGGAAAGCUCGAAAAGAGGGGAGGGGUACCCUUAAACCAAGACUAGAGUACCUUUGAUUCCGACUCAGUUUUUCAUCCGCUUUCUUAUGCUAUAUUCACUUUUGUGCAAUAACGUCACGAUUUUUGUGGUAAUGAUUUUUUCCAAAAUGUUUUGCAAAAAUAUCCCGAUCAGGAUAUAAAUUUUCUGUGAUAUCCCGAUCGGGAUAUCGGUCGUGAGACCGGACUGUCAUAUAUGUUUGGAUUUUUUUCUUUUCUGUUAUCACAUAUAUCUGUAUUUUCACUUUCUUAUACAUAACAUAUGUUCCAUCUUUUCUCUUGACAAGUACUUUUCUUUCUCUCAGUGUUAUUGUUCAUAUGUAUUAUAUCUGAUGGAAUUUUUCUCGAUUAUUUUACCUCGAUCACCUAUGAAAUAUUUCCUAAAGAUGUGUGAUGUUCCAUCCUAUAUAAAGCUAUAAAACAGGGUGUGAAACGAUCACUUUCUCAUCUUAUUAUCAUCCAUCCGACGAUAUAGAGUUAGUCACAUAAUAUUGGUGCAUUCUGAUCGACUAAUUGUCAAUCCAACAGGUGGCAGUUUAAUAUUAGGCAGCGAACAUCUAACUGUGAUUCCGCCACGAUUGGACACCCUGUUCUGUUUUUCUUGAAAAUCGUUUAACGCAUAAAGUUGAAUUACUUUUUCUUUCUUUUUAUUAUUAGCAUUACAGGUUCACCACCGAAACUAAAGGCAAUUGAUACACAAGAACUAACUGGUGUAAAUGUUGUUUUAUUAUGACGACUUUCUCGCGUGUAUAUAUAUUAACUAAUAUUAUAUCGUUUAGCUUAUCGGAUUAAUUAUGGCAUUGGAACAAGAAUCUAUGUUAAAACCCGAACAUGAAGAUAAUAAUAAUAAGGCUAAAAACUAUAAUACUCAUAAAUCUGUGUUUAUCUAUAUUUGUGUCGUAUGUUUUGGUAUUGGAACGUGGCUCGAUCUGAAUGGAGUGUGGAUACAGAUUCCAUUGAUUGUUGAUAAAGUACCAGAAGGCUGGGAGUUCUCAGCUUAUCUAGGUUUGAUGUCCAAUUUGGCUAAUAUUGGUCCUUUGUCAGUGGUAUUGUUACGUCGUUCUAUCAACAAAUCUACGGCUUAUGAAGUACCAGCGAAUUUUAGUAUAUUGACCGUGGGAGUUGUAGCUUUAUUAGCUUUGAGUUUUCUAUGGGAUAAAAGUGCUUAUUUUCUGAAACAACGACGAAGUAUAUGGAUGUUGGUUCUCUGCUUUUGGUUAGCCGUCGUCGAUUGUACAUCAUCAGUAACAUUUGCACCAUUUAUGUCAAGAUAUCAACCGUUGUAUCUCAACGGAUUAUUUACGGGAGAAGGUUUAAGUUCAUUGUUGCCAGCUUUAUUAGCUAUCAUUCAAGGUGUCGGUGGAGAAUCAAAAUGUGUCCAACAACUUGUGUGGAAUGAAACUACAAAUCAAACCGUUAACAUUACUGUGAAAGAACCGACGUCACCACGUUUUACUGUUCGAACAUAUUUUCUGUGUAUAACUGCUCUAAUGUGUCUAUCAUUCGUCUCGUUUAUUAUUUUGGUACUAACAAAAACAGGUAAACAUAAAACUCCUGGCUCCCACACUCAAAAAACUAACGAUCAUGUAUCAGAAAAACGACAGCCAAAUGAACAAAACGGUACUACUAAUCAGUCAUUAUCUAACAAAAAUGAAGAUUGGAAAUUAGACACUCAACAACCUCCACAUUUUUGGUAUUCCGAACAUGGACUAUUUCUAAUAUGUAUAUUUUGGAUUAGUUUUGUUCUUCUUGGAUGUAUACCAUCUAUAAAUACGUAUUCCCUAUAUCCAUAUGGAAUAAAAACCUUUCAUUGGACUAUCAUACUUUGUCAAUUCACAUAUCCAUUAUUGAGUUUGUUUGUUACCGUCACGCCUCAAAUGCCUCCAAGAGGUUGCUAUGUUUUAACCGCUAUUGGUUCACUGUUCUCAAUAUACAUAUUUGUCACUGCAGUAACAUCUCCAUGUUCACCAUUAGUCGAUAAACCCAUCGGGAAAAUUAUCAUCAGUACUGUAUGGAUUUUAGUUUAUUUGAUAUUUUAUUAUGUACGAAUUGUACUGGGUAAUCACUUUCGCCUAUUAACAGGGCAUCGAGGGUUGUUUUGGUAUGGAGCAUUUACACAACUGGGAGCAUUUACCGGUGCGAUUUUGAUAUAUAUAUUAGUGAUAGCCACAAAAGUAUUUCGAGAACGUGAGGUUUGUGUGACUUAUGAUUGUCGUUUUUGA